AUGACGGACAUCAAGUUCCCUUCUCUCGGUGGUGUAUACUUCAGGAUCGAGGGCUCGACCAACCGGUACGGGAUCAUCGGGGGCGUUAUACAAAUUCACGGCAGCUUCUGCGUCCUAACCAGCGUCGUACCCUUCCUGGAUCCUCAAAAUCCUAAUCAGAUCGCCCUUCACCGCCGCCAGAUCUUCGAAGUAAGGACCGGACGGUGUCUUGGUCGAAUUCCGGAUCAUCCAGCUAACCCGGCGCAGGCCCACCCCAAGUGUUGGAGUCGUGAGCAGGGCUGGGUCUUCGUGCCUCUGUACCGCCGACACCGGGAGUACCCCAGCAAUUAUGGGAUUGAAGUGCCUCACCGGUUGCUCGAGAACGGGGUCCGGGUACCGGCUUGGAUAUACCAAGCCGAACGAGGGGACGUGGCAUGUUGGCGGGACCGCGAUUUGAGGGCGUUAGUCGCGGAUGCCCUGCCCUUUGACCCCAUAACACUGCGAGUGGAAGGAUAUGGAGAAUUAGUCGACGCGGGGAUAGGGUCUGUCGAUGCUUAUCGCAUGCACAUCUCGGUUCCAUACUUUGAACUCAACGGGGCCUGGGUGUAUGACGCCGAUACACGAUAUCCUGUCGCAAUGAUCAUUACUGGCAUGGACCCCAACGAGGAUCCCCAUACAGUGUUCGCGGUGGACCUUGGUACCAUCUUAAACGGGAUUCGACGUCGGUAUCCAAAGGAUGUCAGGAUCCCAUGCCGUGCCGGCGAAGUUGACGCCAGGGAUACUUCAGUUUAA